ACUGAUAUCACGAAAACAGCAAUUUAGAAGAACAAAAAUUGAAGAGUGAGGUUAGUAAGCGAAGUACGUCAGCGCCACAUGCUCAUCAUUGGUAUGAAUAUUUUACUCAAUGUCUGGCAAGCUAAUUAAAAACUGUCGCAGUAAAACAUCAACACUACAAACUAACCCAACCAGAUGUUCGAUCGCCGUCACCGAGCACCAUCUCACCUUCCAACCAACGGUAUGUGCGUUCGGGCAGUGCCACAAUGCGUCCAGUCGUUUGCCGACAACUGUUUCUGGAUUGCAUUCGUUAACCUUCCCUCAGUUCAGUUUCGAUGUCCAGCUACUAUCGCCGGCAUGCAAGGAUAUUCCAGGUCGCCGCCCUGCUCUAUCUGGUACCGUGCAGCUACAAUCGCGAAACGGACCAGUUCGAGGAGCAAGUCUCCAACAAAUUGGCGUUCGCGUUCGGUAUAAUGAUGACGGUACCGUUCUGGUACGUCGAUGUGAAAUUUAUGACCGAGUUCUACCUGGAGAACAUUUCGCCCAUCAUGACGGCCGUCGGGAGUAUCGAGAUUGCGUUGUUCGUGUCGAUCGUGGCCUGCACGAUCCUGAACACUUUUGGCAGGCGGAACCGGUACAGGCGUAUGCUCAACGUACUGUUUCAUGCCGACUGGUUGCUGGAUCGGUACGAACACCCCGAGAAGGAUUUUGACAACCGGCGUCCGUUUGGUGGAUUCAUGAUCGCGCUAAGCACCAUGGUGUGCUGCAAUAUGUUGUACCAUCGGGACAUCAAAAUUCGGCUGCUGAGUUUGAGUGUGUCGAUGAAAAUCUUUGGCGUUUGCUAUCUGACCAUUCUGUACCGGAUUUGUGUGGGAGCGAUCGGUGUACGUAUGGCACAGUUGAGGGCGCUGUACCAGCUGAAUCAGGUGCGCCACACGCAGGAACAAACGGUCCGCUACUUUAUCGAAAGAUUCGAUCUCUACGCGGCACAGCUACGGCAGAUUGACUAUUGCUUUUCAUUCCCACUGACGAUGAUUAUACUGCUGGUGCUGAUUGAGAUGGUUUACCUGAUGUUCGAUCUCUUCACGAUACUGGAACUCGGCCGGCCAGCCUAUAUGGAAAAUUUGGAAAUAGAUUACCUGCAGUGGACACUGCGCCAGAUGUGGCAAACUAUCUACGGUGCCGUGGUGCUGCUCACAGUGACUGGUUGCCAAAGCACCUGCGAACAGGUAAGAGCACGCAGCAGUGUUCCUGCAUCCGAUAAACCGUUCUUGCAUUAUUUGCACAGCUUCAGCAAACGGCUCAGCUGGUACGGCAUUUUGAUGACGAUCGAAAUCGAAACUCGCGCGUGGCGAAGCUGAUACAACGAUUUUUACUUCAAAACCUCGAUCGCAAAACAUCGUUUUCGGCGUGCGGAAUGUUUCACAUUGAUUACGCGAUGCUACACAUGGUACGGCGCUUUCGAGCGAUUGCUGGUCUAAGAAGAAAGUCUAUUUUGUUCUAUCUUGUCCUUUGCAGCUGUUUAGCUCCAUCUUUACGUACAUGGUCAUCCUGAUCCAGUUCGACCAACUGCAACCGGAACGCCUGUCGUACACGAACUGAACCAGUAACGUUCCAUUAGUGGCCAACUGGGAGCAAUUGUGAAUUUGAAAAUUCUUUAGCUUGGUAGUAGCAUUAUCAACAAUUAACGCACUCUGUUGCAAACGGAGGUAAUAAAUGUUUUGACGUACAGCACACGGAAGAGAGAUUAAAAUCUAAAUUGCAGCGUGCAAAAUUAUGGUUGCACCCCGGUCCAGUUGGAUGUGGCCUUCUGCCCGAGGAUGGCACAACUUUGCGCCCAUCUACGGGUACUGUUUUUCGUGGGCAAUCUGUUCCAUCUUCUGCCCUGCCGUUACAACAGCAAAACGGAUCAGUUUGAGUCCAACUCGAAGCUAAGCCAGCUGGCGUUCGUCAUCAAUUUAUCUCUGUGCAGUUUGCAGUUGUGCUUCGACUGGUUUCACGUAUGGCACGGUGACCGGAAUCGUAUGUCACGCAUUUUCAACUUCCUCCUGUUGCUGCACAUUGUCUCGUUCCCGAUGACCAUCGUGUACAUGCAGCUGCUCUCGUACACCAAACGAGCGCGCAUUGCGAUACUGCACAGCGAACUGUUCACGGACAGAAGAUGGCGACUGUUCGGUGAGCGUACCGACAGCUGGUACGUUUCGUCCCUGUGGUUGGGAAGGUUUACGACCACAGUCACCAUCGGAGGGGUUGUCUAUCUGUUUCCGCUGAUAGUCACAGGCAAGGAGUCGAUCACGCGGAUUCCAAUCUAUGCCACUUUCUUCGAAGCGGUCCGCUUGUACAUGACGAUGGUAGCGAUCCUGAUGUACGUCGUGUGUGUGCUGGUCAUUAAAAUGCGCUUCAAACAGAUACAGGAAAGGGUUGAACAGUUUAGUCCAUCGCUCAACACCGACCGGCAGUGGAGAAUGUUUCUGGACCACUAUCAGCUAGGCGUUAGCUUGGUGAAUGAGAUUAACGAUAACUUUUCGGUGCUGUUGAUGAUGAUCCUGGUGCUGGUACAGGUGCAGCUCUCCAAUCAGGCCUUUGUGUUGUACUGCAGCACUCAGGUGGUGAACAGUCCGGCGGUUAGUGUAGCGAUUACGGUGCAUACGCAAAUGUGGGAGAGUUCAUUCCUGCUUAUGCUGCUUCUUGUUGGGUACGCGUGCGAUAGCUGUCACGAGCAGAUCGACAGUGUGAAUGUCGCCAUACGGAACUAUACUGGAGCAGACAUUGGAGCAGCGCGGACUGUGCAGGCACUGACAUCUAUGGUCACCUACUUGGUUAUAUUAAUACAGUUCCGGCAGUUUGAUGAGGAAGACCUGCUCAUCACAUUCGGAAACGUUUCUGAGCUUUCAUUUUAAAUGUAAAACAUUUUAUUUAAAUUCUAACAAACCCCUAUGGGCAAACAUUUGCACCGGAAAGUCCGUUUUUGUCAGCUGUGUUGCCAUCCGCACCGUUCAACACUCUUAUCA